GGCAGGCGGGCGGGCAAGGCAGGCGGACAAGCGAAGCCAGCAACAAGUGCGCAGGGAGACAGGCGAGGCGAGGGAGGGCGAACGCUGACGUCAGCGAGCGGACUAUUAUGGUCUGGGCUGUGCUGGCUGCCGCCGCCGCCGCCGCUUUUCUGCUGCCAGCGGCCGAGUAAACAUGGAGCUCUCCGCCGUGGGCGAGAGGGUCUUCGCGGCCGAGGCCUUGCUCAAGAGACGCAUCCGGAAAGGUCGGAUGGAAUAUCUGGUGAAAUGGAAAGGCUGGUCUCAGAAGUACAGCACCUGGGAACCUGAGGAAAACAUUCUAGAUGCCCGCCUCCUUGCUGCUUUUGAGGAAAGGGAAAGAGAAAUGGAACUUUAUGGUCCUAAGAAACGUGGCCCCAAACCCAAAACCUUCCUUUUAAAGGCCCAGGCCAAAGCCAAAGCCAAAACAUAUGAAUUCCGUAGUGACUCUGCUAGGGGCCUCCGGGUACCUUAUCCUGGACGAUCUCCCCAGGAACUGGGCUCUACUUCCCGGGCUAGAGAAGGACUGAGACAGAUUCCACUGCCCCCUCAAAGCACCUCCACCACCUCUACCCCCAGCAUGCCUCGAAUGGAGCCAAUCCAGGAAAACAGGGUGGGGAUAGAGGAAGACCGAUCUGAAGCCGCCUUCAAAAAACGAGGUCCAAAGCCCAGGAAAGACCUGCCCGAAAUGACAGAGGUUGCCUCAAAGCGGAAGUCAAUAGAGCCUGGCGACAAGAUGGUGGUGGACUACCUAAAAGCUAGAAAAUUAGAAGAGACAGAUAACUCUGGGACAGCAAAAUUCAGUUCAGGACACAGUGUGAUCCAGUUAGCUCGGAGACGAGAGCCUGAGUUACCCAGUGUUGUUCCCAACCCAAGGGCGGAAACUGGAAUGAAACUGGGUGCACCUGAGACUUACCCUCCUAGACUGACCAAGCACAGGGCGGAUUUCCUGGAUUCCAAAGGGCAAAGUGGUUUGGACUUGGGGGCUUCUAAGAUCUUGCAUAGCUCUGCAAACCAAGGCAGCUUAUAUCGUGAUGGCAUAGGGACGCAGGCUGGCAGGCCUUCUCUCAUCGCCCGCAUCCCUGUCUCCCGGAUCCUGGGUGACCCAGAAGAAGAACCUUGGAGCCCAUCUCUCAACAAUUUGGAGAAAGUAGUAGUGACUGACGUGACAUCCAAUUUCUUGACAGUAACCAUCAAGGAGAGCAGCACAGACCAAGGGUUCUUUAAAGAAAAGCGGUGAAUUCCUUCAGAGAAGUCAUUGAAAGGCUUUGGAUAGAGGUCGGCUGAAUUGGGAUUUUUUUAAAAAAACUUUUAUUUUAAAGCUUUUUGGGACAGGCUUGCUUGUCAAACAUCUGUCCUUAAUUCUUUUCUUUAUCUCUCCCUCCCCACCCCAACCUUGCCACCAAUUUCAAUUUUGGUUGAAAAAAAUUAUCUCUAGAGUUAUAUUUUCUAUUAGAUGUAAAUAUGUUAUUUAAAGAAAAAUACAUAUAUCUAUCUAUAUAUAUAUCUAUAUACAUACAUAUAAAUAUAUAUAUUUCAGCUCUUAAGUUGUUUGAUUGUUGCUUUUUUUAAUUUAAGGCCUUUGGAGAAGGAUAUUAAAACAGAAGUGAUGCAUCUCUUGCCUCAACUGCAAGAGCUGGUGUGUAGAUAAUGAAUGAUCCUGUUAGUCAAUCAUAAUACCUUGGUUUAAACCCCCCCCCCCAAUUGUUUCUCCUUCUUUCCCACAAAUAUGAUGUUGACUGAAAAUAUGGGGAUAUUAUAUUCAUCUGGGGAUUGAAAAAGCUCCAGGUUUUUUUUAAAUUGUUAUAAGGUGUUGCUUUGUACAAUCAAGUGUGCUGUAUACACAACUGUUCUGGCUGGACAGCUGAAGUAAGCACUUGACUUUACAGUAUUGUCUUGCUUUGUUUUGCUCCAGUUGAAAAAAAAGUUGUUGUUCUAAAAAGUGUCCAUUAAAACCGGUUGAAAUAUGUUUUAGCAAAGAAGUAUUAACUUGAAUACCUUUUCUUGCAAGGGAGAAGGGGAUGUGUAAGAUUUCUUUUAAAGUGUAGCUGCUGUUAUGCACUUUAAUAUGACUGUCAUAGAGGGAAAGUGGGAGUAGUAGAAGAAAUUGAGCUGAUAGUUUAAUUUAAUUUUGAUUUCUCUCUCUCUCUUUCUUGAUCUUUUCCCUGCUCACUCCAAUAAGAAAAUCUGUUUACAUUCCUUACAUGCCAGAAAGUUGGGGAGGAAAGCAUCUGACUGGUCAUAUUCUCAGUGUUCCUGCUGUUAUUUUGAAAGUGGAUUUUCCAGCCUCCCCCAAUGUUCGUAGUUCCUUUGUAGGCUAUUAGAUUAACAUAUGGCACAACAUCACUGUUUUCCUCAUACAUUCUCAAUCUCUGAUUAAGGAUAAAAGACAACUUCCCAUGUAAUGGGGCUAGGAAAGAGUUUCAGAGUUAGCUGUUUUUAUAGCUAAAUUUCUUUCAUUUUUUAAAGAAAGAAGCAUCUGAUUCUCCCCCCCUCCCAAUUUUCCAAGCCAAGUGAUUAAAAAAUGCUUGUCAACUUUAAACAAACAUUUAAACCAUUUCUCUACUCCCUUGAAGAUGAACUCUCCUUAGCUUUUCAUGAAAAGGGUUUGGUUGUGCUUUAUUCUGUAAAGCUCCUGAUUAAUAGGGGACACGCAGAGGAAAUUGGGGGAAGGGUUGCUUCCUCUGCUUUUAGCAGGUGCUGUGGUGUCCCAAUAGAUAUUGAUUUAAGCAUCUUUUGUUGGUUCAAAAAGCACAAAAUCUGCCUCACAGCCUCUAAGGGCCUAGCAGGGGGAUGUGUUGACUUCUCUGUUCUUUUUCUGAAUGGCUGACUCACUGGGCCCUUUUAACACACUUUCUAAUUGCGGGGAGUGAAACUCUAUGUGUGGCCUAAUGAGAAGAGACGAGGAGAAAAUCAGGUGAACCCCAAGUUGCAAGAAGCAGAAAUGACCUGGUCAUUUCUGGGCUCAGAUAGAAAUAUUGUUUCAUAGCCCACUAUCUCCUCCCUGCUUAUUGGAGGUGGGAUUUUUCCACCAAUACCAACAUGGACAUUUUGUUUAGAUUGUGCUGAAGAAGUAAGCUUCAUUUUUCCCCUCCUGUUCACCCUCCCUUUCUUAUUUAAAGGAAAACCAAUAUUCUAAAUUCCAGUCAGCUCAAAGCAUUUCUGUAGCUCUGCAAAUCUGUUGAGUUCAACCAGGGGUGAGGAAGCAUGUCAGCAUAUGUGUUGGUUGACAGUGGUUCCAUAUAGUUUAGAGCUGGAGUGGGGAAGAGGGGAGAAUGCCUAGGAAGUAUAUUUCCUGGGUAGAAACGAUCUUUAAGUGCUCUCCUUAAUUCCUCAGGUGUCAAAGGUGGUAUAUGCCCCCUGUGAUGUGGGUUUCUAGAGGCACACACAUGGGUAUAUAAAAGCUAGACCGACAUGUGAGUGUAUCUGUCUAUGUACAUAGUUACAUAUAUUGAAUGUAUGUGGGUGUGAGUUAUUUAAUUCUCUUUUAAGAUUUGUAAAAGGAAAAAAAAUAUUAUUGAACUGGCCUCACAGUCUCAUAAGUGAAGCUUAAGUAGGUGUCUUCUGCAAAUGUGGAAUGUCUAAUACAGUACCUGCUUUUUUGUGAAUUGAAAUAUAUAUGAUUCUUUGUAAAUAGA